CACAAAAACAAAUCGACAAAAGUAACCAAAUUGAUAUUUAUCUCUUCUCAACCAUGGCGAUGAGACAAGCCACUAAGGCUGCGAUCAGAGCAUGUUCUUCCUCUUCUUCUACGGGUUACUUCGCGCGACGUCAGUUUAAUGCAUCUUCUGGUGAUAGCAAAAAGAUUGUUGGAGUUUUCUACAAGGCCAACGAAUACGCUACCAAGAACCCUAACUUCCUUGGCUGCGUCGAGAAUGCUUUAGGAAUCCGUGACUGGCUUGAAUCACAAGGACAUCAAUACAUCGUCACUGAUGACAAAGAAGGCCCUGACUGCGAACUUGAGAAACAUAUCCCGGAUCUUCACGUCCUAAUCUCCACUCCUUUCCACCCUGCUUAUGUGACUGCUGAAAGAAUCAAGAAAGCCAAGAACCUCAAGCUUCUCCUCACGGCUGGUAUUGGUUCAGAUCACAUAGAUCUCCAGGCAGCUGCAGCUGCUGGCCUGACGGUUGCUGAAGUCACGGGAAGCAACGUGGUCUCAGUAGCGGAAGAUGAGCUCAUGAGAAUCCUAAUCCUCAUGCGCAACUUCGUACCAGGGUACAACCAGGUUGUCAAAGGCGAGUGGAACGUUGCGGGCAUUGCAUACAGAGCUUAUGAUCUUGAAGGGAAGACGAUCGGAACUGUGGGAGCUGGAAGAAUCGGAAAGCUUUUGCUGCAGCGGUUGAAACCAUUCGGGUGCAAUUUAUUGUACCAUGACAGGCUUCAGAUGGCACCAGAGCUGGAGAAAGAGAUUGGAGCUAAGUUCGUUGAGGAUCUGAAUGAAAUGCUCCCUAAAUGUGACGUUGUAGUCAUCAACAUGCCUCUCACGGAGAAGACAAGAGGAAUGUUCAACAAAGAGUUGAUAGGGAAAUUGAAGAAAGGCGUUUUGAUAGUGAACAACGCAAGAGGUGCCAUCAUGGAUAGGCAAGCGGUGGUGGAGGCGGUGGAGAGUGGACACAUUGGAGGGUACAGCGGAGACGUUUGGGACCCACAGCCAGCUCCUAAGGACCAUCCAUGGCGUUACAUGCCUAACCAAGCCAUGACCCCUCAUACCUCCGGCACCACCAUUGACGCUCAGCUACGAUAUGCGGCCGGGACGAAAGACAUGUUGGAGAGGUACUUUAAGGGAGAAGACUUCCCUGCUCAGAAUUACAUCGUCAAGGACGGUGAACUUGCUCCUCAGUACCGGUAAGCUUUUGAGGAGGUAAGACUGGGAAGAUGAUGAGAAACGACCUCAACGUUCAAGAAAACAAAUAAAAAAGUAUUUCGACUUUGCUAAGUCGAAUAACUUGGUCAUCUUUUCGUUUAGUUUUUGUUAUUUCAUAAGCAGAAUAAUAUAGGAGGGCACUUCCC